CGGAAGUGAUCUAACCCCGCGUGUGUGUCAAACUCCGAUCUCAAAAGACCAAUUUUAAAUUAAAUUAAAUUUAUUUUUAUUUAUUUACGUCAAAAAAAAGAGAAGAAAUUAUUUAUUUAUUUUAAAUAAUUUUAAUUAAAUAGAGAGAGAGAAAGAGGCGGUCGUUAUUGGAAUAAGAGGAAAUGGGUUUUAAGCUAUUUUUCCAAAAAAUUGUGAAGAACAGGGCAGAAUAGAAUCAUCAUCGUCAAGAAAAGCCCUCAAAAAUUAUGCACCUCAAUCUUUAUCUUCUUCUUCUUCUUCGCUCCCAUUUUUUAUCUGAUCGACUUCGUUGUUUUCGCGCCUAGGGUUUCCCUCCCCUCCAUUCGCAGCUCAUCGCUCUUAUCGCAAGAGCUAUGCCGACGUUUACUGCUCUAGCCUUAGAUACCUUGUUGGAACCUGGAGCUUCAAAAUCAGUCGACAAAUCUGUUCCAAGACCUGUACCGAAACCACAGCCUGGUCCUAAUUCAAAGCUGGAGAGGAGGAAUAGUACUUCAGUUGCAGAAAGAAGAAGGAAUCGCCCUCCAAUAACUCCUGCACUUUAUGCUACUCCCGAAUCAACCCCACUCCCUGAUUCGCCUACAUCAUUCCCCCCUUCUCCUUACAUUAUCAAUCACAAGCGGCGUGGACCACGCCUUCUUAAGAGUUCCUCAGAGGCUAGUGUAUUGUCACGCCCAAAAGGCCAAGAUGAUGAAAAGGUUGAUGGGAAUUUGAAUAAUGGAGAAACCAAGGUUACCAGUUUAGGAGAGGAGGAUUCUUUUACUUUCCCUGUUGCUAAAACAAUUCCCGAACCUCAGGUUACUGAUUAUCCUGACUGUGAAAGCAGUAAUGGAAAACAUGGAAAUGGUAGCUUGGAACUUGAAAGCAAUACUGGAAAACUUGUUAAAACUAAUGAGGAACUUGUGAAUGGUAAGGUGGAACAUGAAAGCAGUAGUUGGAAUAAUGAUCAGGUUAUGUUUCUUGAUUCAGCAAAACAAGCUCCAUUGACUCCUGGAAGAGAGAGCGACCGGGAAGAUUUCUUUGAUCCUCGUGAUUCUAUGAGUUUUACAAGUAAUACUGAUGGAGAGGAUAAUGCUGAAGGAGAACGGUCGGCACAACUCACUACACCUAUGGGCGAAUUUUAUGAUGCUUGGGAUGAACUUUCUUCUGAGAGUGGGCAACAGUCGGUUCAUCGUGAUGUUGAAGCUGAAUUUCGUGAAAUGAGAAUGAGUUUACUGAUGGAAAUAGAGAAGCGGAAGCAAGCAGAAGAAACGUUAAGUGACAUGCAAAAACAAUGGGAAAGGAUCAGGCAACAGUUGUCACUUGCGGGAUUAACGCUACCUGCCAAGGCCACUCCUGUUGAAGGGGAAGAACAGCUUGAUUCCGAUUCUGGAGAGGAGCUGUGUAGACAAGUAUACAUUGCUAGAUUUGUUUCAAAUUCUAUUGGGAGAGGCUUAGCCAGGGCAGAGUUGGAGGCGGAGAUGGAAGCACAGAUUGAGGCUAAGAACUUUGAGAUUGCUCGAUUGUGUGACAAACUUCGAAACUAUGAGGCUAUGAAUCAGGAAAUGGUUCACAGGAAUCGAGAUGUUCUUGAGUCGGCACGACGAGAGAGGAUGAAAAAGGAAAGAAGGCAAAGGUGGGUAUGGGGCUCCAUUGCUUCUGUUCUUACACUUGGCACGGUCGCAUUAGCAUGGUCUUACCUUCCUUCUUCAGGAACUGGAUCACCGACCCCCGAAAUCCAGGUUCUUGAAUCUGAUGAUGGAGCGAAAUAAUACUUAUAAUCUUUCGAGUGGUAGUACUAGUUGUGAAUCUGAUGAUGCCAUAACAUAGAUGAAAAAAGAGAAUAAAAAGAAGAAGAAAAGAAAAAGGUCUUAUCCA